AUGAUCCUAUCGUCUUUGGCGCCCUCAUCCUUGGGUAAGGACGAAGGCCGUACGGACGGUCUCGUCGAUGGUUGCCUUGGCCGAGUCGAUCUCUUGAUCUUCUUGGACGAAGGUUUGGACGAAGGUUCAGGCUCACCGUUCAUAAACACCUUGGAGCUUCGACCAUUGGAUCCAAAUGCGUAUCGGACUACAACUGGUUCACUGAAGAAGUUGGUCCGGGUCUAUAUUAGUAAUUCAACAGAUUAUUCCAUUCGGUACCCAGAUGAUGUCUACGAUCGUGACUGGCACAGUUAUUUCGUGGAAAAGCUCUGGUUACCAAUAACUAUGGGUCUCAGCUUAGACACUAAUGAUAACGAGUAUGAUCCGCCAGAAAGGGUCAUGCAAACGGCAGCAAUACCUAUAGAUGCUAACGCCACGUUGGAAGUUGAGUGGUCUGCAGAGUCUCCUACUACACAGUUUUAUGCCUACUUAUACUUUUCGGAGCUUCAGAUUCUACAAGCAAACGAUACAAGGACAAGGGAAUUCAAUGUGUUUCUGAAAGGAGCAUUUUUUCAUGAACCUAUUUCUCCUGAACCACUACGCAGCACCGUGUUUAAUGAUGGUCCAAAGCUAUGCACGGAUGGGAAAUGUGUAUUGCAGCUUAAGAAAACAUCACGGUCAACUCUUCCUCCUAUUCUUAGCGCCUUGGAGGUAUACACUGUCAUGGAUAUCCUGCAAUUGGAGACGAAUGAUGAUGACGUUAAUGGUAUCAAGGAUGUUCAGGAUACCUAUGAUUGGAGAAGAAUCACUUGGCAAGGAGAUCCCUGUGUCCCGAAACAGUUUUUGUGGGAAGGUCUAAACUGCAACCAAUCAGAUAAUUCUACACCACCGACAAUUAUUUCUUUAGACUUAUCUUCAAGUGGUUUAACGGGGGUGAUCGCGGAAGCAAUUCAAAGUCUAGUUCACCUUCAACAAUUAGACUUGUCAAACAACAGUUUCAGCGGAGGAGUACCUGACUUUCUUGCCGACAUGAAGUCUCUGUUUCUCAUGUAAACAUUUCCCCCACACCACCUUUCCUUUUGGUUAUAGCUUUCUCUUGAA